AUGGCGAUCUCCAAGAGACCCCCUGUCUGGCGCGGAAUCAUGCCUCGUGCAAAGCGCUCCAUCGAGGAGAUGGCCAACAAGUCCGACUCGGAUGACGAUGACUACAGUGACCAUCCCGUGCGCUCCUCCCGCCGCUCGGCUUCCCGAUCCAAGUCGAAAAAGAAGGCCAAGCCCGUCAAGAAGAGGGCCCGUCGCGAUUCCGACGAUGACAUCGUGUCCGACGAGGACAUCUUCGACGAGGCUGACGAGCUAUCCUUUGAGGAGUCUGAGGAGGAAGAUGACAUUAACGCGGCACGCAAUGCCCGUGGACUUGUUGCCCGAAGGGCCGCCACCAACCGACCGAUCUACAACGAAGGCGAAUCCAGCAGCAUCGAGGACCGUUCCGAAGACGAUGAUAUCGACCGGUCCCCACCGAAAAAGCGCAAAAGUACCGUGGUGACGCUGAAGCUGGGCAGCGCCCUGAAGCGGCAGGCUCCGUCGGAUAAUUUCCAGGGUACUCGACGGGUCACUCGGCGCACGCGGGACCCGUCGGAAGAUUUCCAUGCCCUGACCACGUCCGGCCGCCAUAUGGAGACCGUCGAACGAGGCACCCAGAGCCCGGAGAUGGAAUCCAAACGUCGUCGGGGCUCUCGUGGCAUGAAGCGUGCCCCCGUGCUGGAUGAGGAGGAGGAGCCAGACUCGACUCAACCGAAGCAGGAGGAGGACGAGAUCGAUGAAACAACCAUGGAGGUCAAAGGCUCGCAGCUGGAGAUUAUGGAAAGCGACGUGCAGGGCAGCUUCGAAGAAGGGGUCCCGCCUGCCGUCGGCCAGGCCCAGGAUGCAUCCGGCGCGGAUGAUGAAGGCUUUGUCCCGGAGUCUGAAAACGGUGAUGCAAAGGGGGCUGGCGAGGAUGAGGAUGAUGAUGACGAGGAUGAAGGCCCGAUAACCCGGAGGAGAAGUAGACCGAACCGCAGCCAGGAGGUCGAGCAGCCGGAAGAAGAGGCGUCUGCAGAGCUGCGUCGCUCUAGCCGCAAGAAACCGAACAGCUCCCAACGCAAGCGCCAAGGCGACGAGGAGAGCGAUUUCGAGCCCGAGGAGGAAGAAUCAAACGAUGAUGACGAGAUGUCACGGUCUGGAAAGUCACAAGCGUCCCCACAGAAAGGGAGUCAGCCUCGAGACGAUGAUGAAGAGAGCGCCGUCGGCCGUCGUCCGGGUCUACGCAAGAGGGUAUCCCGAUCCCGGGGACAGUCCGAGGCCGGGGGCGACAUCGCCGAUGAGCUUGCGGAAGAGUUGGAAGAUCUCCGCGGCGGCCGUCCCCGUCGGCGAGUCCAGCCGGAGAUUGUCUACGAGAAACCUCGGCGCAGCAGGAAGGAUGUCGACUACCGUAUCAUCCGCCCUGAUCUGAUCCUGCCCAUCGAGGAGGCCGAGAAUGAAGUCAACGAAUCCCCCUCCCGCCGUGGCCGCGGAGGUGGCGGUAGCAGCUGGCAACGCACCCUGUUCCCAACCUAUGGGCCUUUUGGAGGCGGCGGGCCGUCUGCGAUCUUGGGUCCCCCGGGAGCUCCUGCUGCGACUGGCGGCGUGGACAGUGAUAGCAGUGACGAUGAAGGCAUGCACCGUCCCAAGGGACUGUCAUCUGGGCCCGGGCAGCAUGGCGCCGGCAUCCUAGGCACCCAGACCCACGGGGCUGAUGCUGCCCAGGGUCUUUCCGGAACACCUGCAAAUCUCGGAAAGAUGAAGGACAAGCAGACGCUCGCUGACGCAGACCCACUGGGGGUGGACGUGAGUGUCAAUUUCGACAGUGUUGGUGGUUUGCAAGGACACAUUGACCAGCUGAAGGAGAUGGUUUCCCUGCCGCUGCUGUACCCGGAGAUCUUUCAACGAUUCCACAUCACACCUCCCCGGGGUGUUCUCUUUCAUGGCCCCCCUGGAACUGGCAAAACGCUGUUGGCCAGGGCCCUGGCGAACAGCGUCAGCUCCAAUGGCCGCAAGGUCACUUUCUAUAUGAGAAAGGGAGCGGAUGCGCUGAGUAAAUGGGUGGGCGAGGCUGAGCGACAACUUCGGCUCCUUUUCGACGAGGCCCGCAAGACGCAGCCUAGCAUUAUCUUCUUCGACGAAAUCGACGGAUUGGCACCCGUGAGGUCAAGCAAGCAAGAACAAAUUCAUGCAUCCAUCGUGUCGACACUGUUGGCCUUGAUGGAUGGCAUGGAUGGCCGUGGACAAGUGAUUGUCAUCGGUGCCACGAAUCGCCCCGACUCCAUCGACCCUGCUCUACGUCGUCCUGGUCGAUUUGAUCGCGAGUUCUAUUUCCCUCUGCCCAACACCGAAGGCCGUCGUGCUAUUCUGGACAUCCACACCAAGGGCUGGGAGCCGCCGCUUGGUGGUCACAUCAAGGACGAACUUGCGGGAAUUACCAAGGGCUACGGAGGAGCGGAUCUCCGCGCUCUCUGCACGGAAGCCGCCCUCAAUGCAGUGCAGAGGAGAUACCCCCAGAUCUACAAAUCCGAUCAGAAGCUCCUCAUCGAUCCAAAGACAAUCGACGUCACCCCUAAGGACUUCAUGCUGGCGAUCAAGAAAAUGGUCCCGUCAUCAGAGCGCUCGACCUCGUCGGGUGCCUCACCACUACCAGGCUCGGUUGAGCCCUUGCUGCGCGCGCCUUUCGGAGAGAUUCAAAGCCUCUUGUCUCUGGUCCUCCCCCAGAGAAAGAGACUCACGGCUCUGGAGGAGGCGCAGUUUGAGGAACCGGAGGAAUCAGGCAGUUUCCAGCGCGAACAGAUGCAGCAAGAAUUCGACAGGUCGCGAAUCUUCAGGCCGAGAAUGCUGAUCCGUGGGUCUCUCGGCAUGGGCCAGCAGUAUCUGGCGGGCGCCCUGUUGAACCAUUUCGAGGGACUCCAUGUCCAAGCCUUUGACCUGCCCACCCUUCUCAGCGAUUCCACCCGGUCCCCCGAAGCGGCCGUAAUACAGCUCUUCGCCGAGGUCAAGAGACAUAAGCCGAGCGUGAUAUACAUUCCCAACAUCGAGGCGUGGUCGGAAACGGUCGGACACGCUGUGAUAUCUACGUUCCUCGGCCUACUUCGGUCGGUUCCUCCUACCGAUCCUGUGCUACUGCUGGGCGUUCAAGAGACAGGUGGCGAGGACGUGGAUACGGGCGUGAUGCGGAAUCUCUUUGGCUUCUCGAAGAAGAAUUUCUACGACCUGAAAGCACCGGCCAACGACGCACGCUACGAGUAUUUCACCAAGGUGGUCGACUACGUCAAGACAUCCCCCGCCCACUUCCCUGACCCCGAAAACCGCAAGAGGAGGGAGCUGGAAACACUGGCGAUUGCGCCCCCACCGUCCCCGAAGGCCGCCACGCCGCUGUCCAAAGAGCAGCUCAAGGCCCAGAAAAGGAAGGACCAUCAGACCCUCAAUCUCCUGAAGAUCCGCAUCCAGCCCAUCAUGGAUCAGAUCAAGAAGUACAAGAGGUUCCGCACCGGGGUGAUCGACGAGUCGCAGAUCCGGUACCUCUGGGAGGAGGAGGAUCCGAACGUCGUCACGAGCGAUCUGCCGAUCGAGCAGCGGACUACCUUCCGGCCGUUUGAAAAGGCCUACGACAAGCACGGUGCGCCGGGGCUCCGCGAGACGGUGUCGGGCAAGUUCUUCUACAACAUGGAGAUCGUGACGAUCGAGAAGCGUCUCUCCAACGGUUACUACAAGCGCCCCAAGGACUUCCUGGCAGAUAUCAAGCGGCUGGCCAAGGAUGCCCGGCAACUGGGCGAGCAAGAGCGGCUGCUGAGAGCCAAUGAACUCCUGUCCAAUGUGGAGGUGGAUGUUGCUACCAUCGAGCAAGCAGAGCCGGCUCUUGUGACGGAGUGCGAAGGCGUCUAUCUUCGCGAGUUGGAACGGGAAAAGAUUGCCAUCGAGAAGGCCAGGCAGGCAGCGGAAGAAGAGGAGAGGCUCUUCGCUGGUCGCAUGCUGGACCGGGUCCCGCAUGGGAACACCGAAUCGGGGCCCUCGAGCGGUCCAGUGGUCCUGGGCGAAGAAUUCCCCGGCAGCGCACAGAAGGAGACAGGCCGACCCAGGACCCCGAUGCGCCCUUCGGCCGUCAGCUUCAUCACCAACGGCUACCAUACCGGCGGAGGCUCGGAUCUGAACGAUCUCAGUACGCAUGCGCUCACCAGCAAUGGCUCUCACGACUAUCGGGUCGACGGCGACGGCGACGGCGAUACCUUGAUGACCAACUCGGACCAGUCCGGCGACAGGGAAACGCAGACGAGCUCCUUCGGGCCGUCGGCGCAGCCAAAGCCUCCGUAUUCGCACACGGCGCCAUCCCAGCAGGUGCGCCGGGAGUCGGGCAUCUCGAAUUUCUCGCAGAAAGGGCCCGUUACCCCCAUGGCACCGGGGUCUCAGCCCCAUGAUUACACCAACGAGGCAUCCACCACGCAGACGACGUCCGACAAGAAGUCCUCUGAGCAGUUGUCUGCCCCGCACCAGUACACGCAGAGCCCCGUCGCGGCGCACGGGAUGCGACAGGACUUCCCGGACCUCACGCAGUAUCCGGACCGGGUGUCGCAGGAGGAGCAUCUGCCCGACACGCAGCAAGGGGACAGCAGCCAGCCGUCGCCUCGUCCGACGGGCGGGCUCGCCGACCUGGACAACGGCGCCAUCAACACCGGCGGCUCCCAACCGCGGCAACAGCCCCCUGUGCCCCUGUUUGACCACGCCAACAAGCCGACGUCGCAUGGCCCGGCCACUCUGCAGUCCCUGCUGAACAACGAGGACCUGUCGCCCAAACUGGUUCUGGACCACGAAUACGUGGAGAAGCUGCACGACCAGCUGACGCAGCGGACGAGUGGCUGCAGCGUGGAGCAACUGGAGCAGAUCAACACCAACCUGAUGGACUACCUCUGGCGGACGCGGGGCGAAUGGAAUCGGAGCAAGGUGGCGGCGGGGAUCCAGGAGACGUUCAAUGAGGUUCUGGAGGACAUGCAGGCGAUGCAGGAGAUUGGGCCGAUCAGCCAGAAGACGAAGGAGCAGCUGGGGGCAUCGCUGUAUCCCCUGUAG